GUGAAUAAAUGAGUGAAUAAUUGAAUAGAAAUUGUCUACAAAAUUGUUUGACAAUUAUUGUGAUAAACAUAUAUUGAAAACAUUUAAUAAUAAAUUAUUGUUUGAAUAAAUCGUUGACCACUUUGUCGGGUGUGAUGUCAGUGGUCAUUGAGACGACAAUCGGCGACAUUACAGUCGACCUGUUUGUCAAAGAGAGGCCGCGAUGUUGUCUUAACUUUUUAAAGUUAUGUCAAAUAAAAUACUAUAACUUUUGUGUCUUUCAUUACAUUCAACACAACUUUAUCGCCCAAUCGGGUGACCCGACCGGUACUGGCAGUGGAGGUGACUCUGUAUUUCUGCAAUUGUACGGCGAAAAUGGCCGCAUGUUUGAGAUGGAGACCAAACCGAAGAUCAAGCACAGGCGCAAAGGCCUCGUCUCGAUGGUCAACAACGGUGAAGGACUUCACGGCUCACAGUUUUUUAUAACACUGGCCGACGAAUUGGAUUACUUGGACGGCAAACAUACGGUGUUCGGUGAAGUGGCCGAAGGUAUGGAAGUGUUGGACAAAUUUAACGAAGUAUUAUGCGAUACCAAUCACAAGCCGUAUAAAGACAUUCUCAUUACUCAUACCGUUAUUUUGGACGACCCGUUCCCGCAGCCAAAGAAUCUGGAAAUACCGCCGCAAUCUCCCGAAAUUAACGAAGAGUUUCUCAAAUCAGACCGAAUUGGUGUUCUUGAAGAUGUUGAUGACACGGAUGGUAUGACAGCACAAGAAAUAGAUGAAUCGAUUCGAGAUAAAGAAGCAAAAGAAAGAGCAUUGGUUUUAGAAAUGAUUGGCGAUAUACCCGACGCUGAGGUUAAGCCACCAGAAAAUGUACUUUUUGUCUGUAAACUAAAUCCGGUGACCCGUGAGGACGAUCUGGAAGUAAUAUUUUCGCGCUUCGGAACUAUAGUGAGCUGUGAAGUGAUUCGCGAUCAAAAAUCUGGUGAAUCACUUCAGUACGCAUUCAUCGAGUUUGACAACGAAGAAGACUGCGAAAAGGCCUACUUUAAGAUGGAUAACGUACUGAUCGAUGAUCGAAGAAUUCAUGUAGACUUCAGUCAAUCAGUUUCUAAGAUUAAAUGGUUUGGAAAAGGAAAAGGAGUGACAAUUGUUAAAGACUUUAAGGAUAAAAAAGAUGACAAAUCUGGUGAUCAGUUUAGACUUAAAAAUAGUGCGUUAGGACAGAGAACUGAUGCUAAAUAUAAUUAUGUCUACGAUAAAGAUGAGUAUCAGGUAAUGUUACCUAAGAUUAGCCAUAAGUCGAGUAAUAACUCACCUGAACGGGACAGACACCAUAAAAACAGACAUUCUAGACAUCUAAGGAGUCGUUCCAGAGAUAGAGAUAAAGAUAGGGAACAUAGGGAUCGACAUCGGGAUAGGGAUAGCGAUAGAAAUAAGGAUAAGGAUAGAGACAGAUAUAGAGAACGAAACAAAUACACUGAUAGAGACAAUAAAAGAUCUCAUGGAAGACAUGAAUACAGAACUGAUUCCAAAAGGAAUAGAAGUCCAUCACCUGAAAGAAGUAAUCAUUCGAGAAGUAAUCAUCGCAGCAGACAUUGAUAUAUAUAUAUAACUAUCAAUUGAUUAUACAGUGAGGCCUACAUUUUUGUUACAUUUUAAUUUUUCAGAAACUAUCCAUGAUAAUUUAUUUAAAUAUAUAUCAAAAUAUCACGCAUUGUAUAGGAUUUAAAUAAUUAAAUGAAAAUAAUUGUUGUCAUUGAUAUAGUUUUAAUUAAAUUAACUUUU